CAUCAAUAAAAAAAAAUGUUCGGAACCUUAUCAGAAGAGGCAGAAGUAAAGGUGCCGGCAAGCAAAGCUUGGGCUCUCUUUGGCACUCUCGAGCUCGCAAAGCUUGUCGACGGGAAAAUCUUUGAAGCGGUUGACGUUAUUGAAGGUGACGGUGGAGCCGGUACCAUUCUCAAGCUUACCUUCAAGCCUGGGUUAGGAUUCUCGUAUUGCAAAGAGAAGUUCACAAAGGUCGAUCAUGCAAGUAUGGUUAAAGAAAGCCAAGUAGUGGAAGGUGGGAUUCUUGAUAUCGGAUUAAACUUAUAUCGGAUGAGGGUUGAGAUCAAAGAGAACCCAAAAGAUGGGUUGGGCUCAACAUGUGUUAUGAAACUAACAAUCGAAUAUGACAUUAAGGAAGAGUUUGCUGCCAAUGCUUCUCUUGUCACCACCGAGCCUCUACUUGCCAUCAUGAGCGUUGCAAACGAGCAUCUUUUGAAAUCUAAUUAGCACGGGAAAUGUUUAUUAUCAUAUUAUUAUUAUGAUAGUGUUAUUAAUUAUUAUUAAGAAUAAACUUGUAUUACCGAAUUGAAAAAUAAGUUGUAUUAAUCUUUGUUGAGAUUAACUAAUAGAAACUCUUUUUGAAACUAA